AUCGAUUAAACAUUUGAUCUCAAUACAGUUUUAUGUUCCCAAAACUAAAAUAUGUUAUGAACAGAGUGGACUGAGUUUUGCAGACGAACCUUUGCCAACGUUCUUUUUGUCGCGUUGUUCAGGAACGCAAAGGCGAAUUGAGUUUUUGCACACGUGCACUUCCUUAACCGCAAUAUGCAAAUAUGAACAACAGGCACAUCUCCACAGUAAAUUCGUUUUCUUUCGCCCAAAGUUGCCAACAUACCACGUGCGUCCGUCACUCAGUGCAUCAGUAACAACUAUCCAUUAUGAAACUUCUAUUCGAUCAAAUAAGCCUCACAUAGCAAAUUAGCAAUUACAUAUUUUGUUGACCAAAUUCGACCAUCCAGAUUUUUGGCAGAGUAAACCCUCUCGGGUCGACUCAUCCUCUCUGCUUUGUGCCUGUGGAACUUUCUUGUCCAUGUGGGAAAUAUGAAGUGCUGCUUGUAGCGAACUGUUACAGAAAAUUCCCGUGAAAUACAGUAGCUACAGCCAUUAUUAUUCUCAGAAUGGCAAGUGAGCAGGAGGUGGCAGCAGUGGGCAAAAUUCUGGUCAAUCCAAAGCAGGACCUGACAACACGGUUCAGAGCACUCUUCACCCUGCGUAAUGUGGGUGGACCAGAGGCCAUAGAAUGGAUCAGUCAGACUUUUGUGGAUGACUCUGCUCUGUUGAAACAUGAGUUGGCAUAUUGCCUGGGCCAAAUGCAGGAUGAGAGAGCCAUCCCCACGCUAGAGACUGUUCUGAAAGACAUAACACAGGAGCCUAUGGUCAGGCAUGAAGCAGGGGAAGCAUUAGGAGCUAUUGGGAACCUCGAGGUCCUUGACAUACUGAAAGAGUACUCUGAGGACCCAGUCAUCGAGGUGGCAGAGACGUGCCAGUUGGCUGUCAGGCGGCUGGAGUGGCUGAUAUCUGGUGGGGACCAGAAUGGAGAGGAGGGCACCGACGGAAACCCUUACUGUUCUGUGGACCCUGCUCCCCCAGCCCAGAGGAAGACUGUCCCUGAGCUGAGGACACAGCUCCUGGAUGAGAGCCUGCCGCUGUUUGAGCGCUACAGGGCCAUGUUCGCCCUCCGCAACCUGGGCACCGAAGAGGCUGUCCUGGCUCUAGGAGAUGGUCUUCAGUGUAGCAGUGCCUUGUUCCGCCAUGAGAUUGGCUACGUCCUGGGUCAGAUCCAGCACCCAGCCAGCAUCCCCCAGCUGCAGGCAGCUCUGGAGCUGGACGGGGAGAAUGCCAUGGUGAGACACGAGUGUGCAGAGGCCCUGGGAUCCAUCGGCAAGGAGGAGUGUAUGAAGAUCCUGGAGCGCUAUAGGAAAGAUGCAGAGCGCGUGGUGAAGGAGAGUUGUGAGGUAGCCCUGGACAUGCUGGAGUAUGAGAACGGCAUACAGUUCCAGUACGCUGACGGACUACUACGACUGCAAGGGGAGCAGUGAGGGCCAAACGGCAAGCRUGGACAUUGGAAGCUAUAGGAGAACUGCUAUACAGCGCUGUAAGAGCUUUCCGCAGAUGUCAUAACUCAUUAUCACUUAGACCCAUUUUCAUUCAUUGAAACGAUCUUGACUCUUGCCAGUGAUUAUUGGCCUCUGAGACAAGGCAGUGUAAUAAUAAUAUUACAGUGCAUUGUGCCAUGUUUUAGUUUGUUUAUUCAUUGUUUUCAUGGAAGCUACAUUAAUAAAUUGUCAAGAUAAUGUAAUACUUUUCCCCUUAAGCUCAGUGAACCAUUCACAUUUAUCUUUAAUUCAGAAUGAUCUGAUAAGCAUCUGAAAUCAGAACCUGAUUUGUCAAUCAAGAUUGUUAAGCCACUUUUCUGCUCUGUCAUUCGCAUUUAUUUUUAAUCUCAAAUUAAAAUAAAGGCUUAGGUAAUAACA